AAGCUAAAUUGCGCUUCGAUUUAACUUGCGUGAUGCACUGGUGCGGUGAAGAAGCCAAAAAUGGACGCCGUACGGUGUCUGUUCCGGUUACCUGUGCGGAAAUCUGUUGCGACCGAUUUUUCUUUAAAUUGCUGAGGCGAAUUUGGCUCUUUCGCUUCGCGCGCGGGCCAAGCGGGACCGAGACGGAAAUUAUGCACGGCCAGAUGUGACGGAUGCAGAAUGAAAAGUAGCCAACCGUGAUGUCACGCCGCGGGACGCACACGGAAUCGCGAUUGUUCGUCGAAAAGCCAAGCCGAGUGUUUGAAAUCCGCCUUUUAAGGUUGUUGGCUCCGCGGAGUCGUCGGGAGUUUGUCGCGCGCGUAAUGCAACGACGAUGAUAGCGGCGUGGGGUGCGUCGAAGAAAUCGGCGAAGUUUAUCGGGAGUUUCGCGGGAGUUCGGGACUGCGACGCCGACUCGCUCGAAGACGGGAUUCCGGCCGGGAAUGAAGACGAAGCGGAAAGGGAUGUCGCAACCGGCAAAAAUGGGGGCCCGAGCGUGAAGCACUUAAAUCUGAACAAUUUGUGCAAAAAGCGGGGCGAAAUCAACCAACUCCACGUAGAAGAGAUCGUAUUGCCGGGCGAUUCGCUCAGAUCUCUCUCCGAGUUGCAAAUAUUGAGUCUGAGGGGAAACGGCAUCCAGAAUUUUCCUACGAGCGUCCUGCAGCUCACCUCGCUCGUCACGCUCGACAUUUCGGAUAAUUGCUUGGUUACCUUGCCGCCCGAAAUCAGCCAGUUGCGCAGCUUGCGCGAACUGAUCGCCGAUCAAAACCUGCUGAGCGUUUUGCCCGCCACCAUAUGGGACCUGCAAUUCCUGAAAACUCUGAGGGCGGCAGUUAAUCGGCUGGCGGGGCCGCCCGACAUGCGGACCGUAAAGUCGCCGGAUUGCGAUCGGGACGGCGGCAGGAAAAUCGGCGGGAAAACGUGCGGCGAGCUCGCGUCCUUAAAUCUGCGCGCGAACCGUCUCAAAGGCCACAUCAUCCUCGGAAACUACAGCUGCCUGACCGAACUGGACGUGAGCGAGAACCGCAUCGACAAUCUGGACCUCGGCUCCGUCGAGGGCCUGCGGGUGUUGCGCUGCUCGCGCAACUGUCUCGUCAAGCUCACCCUUUACGGCCAAAAUUUGGUCUCGGUCAUCGCGGGAAAUAACAGACUGAAAACUUUCGAAACUUCGCGUCCUCCGACGAACCUCACCCACCUCGACCUCUCCUACAACGAGCUGGAGUCGUUGCCCGAGUGGCUGCCCGAAUGUCGCAAACUGCGCGUCCUCUUCGCGGCCAACAACGCCCUCGCUUCCCUCCCCGACCGGCUCUUCUCCGACGAGUCGCCUUUCCUCGAGACGGUCCAGCUCGCUUACAACCGCCUCCAACGGUUGCCCCAGGUCAGGCGCGAACUCCCGGUUCGGGAGAUGUUCCUGCAAAACAACAGCCUCUCCUCGCUGCCCGACGAUUUCUUCCGCCUGCUGACGGAGCUGCGCGUCCUCAAUCUGUCCAACAACCGGCUCGUCGAGCUGCCGCCGGCGGACGCCGAGUUGCCUCUGGAGAAGCUCUUUGUCACCGCGAACUGUCUCCGGUCUCUGGACCGCGUCGCCCCCCGUCUGCGCAACAUCAAAGUGCUCCACGCGGCUUACAACAACCUGUCGAGCGUGCCGGACGGCUGCGCCGCGUGGUGGCGAGAGCUUGACGAGCUGGUGCUGUCGGGCAACAAAAUCGGUCGUCUUCCGGAGGACGUGGUCCGACUCCAACGCCUGGCGGUGCUGCGGGUGCACUCGAACGCGCUGCGCGACGUCCCCGCCCUCUCCCAGCUCACGGAGCUGCGCGUGCUCGACCUCGCGCACAACCACCUCGACCGCGUCGACCUCCCGUCCCUGAUCCCGCCCAAUCUCAAGUUCCUCGACCUGUCGUGCAACGCGAAUCUCCACGUGGACGGUCGCCAGUUCAACGCCUACAGGACCCAGAGGCCGAUGAGUCUGGUCGACGUCAGUGGCAUGAACAGGACCAGUCUGCCGCUGACCCCGAGGAGCCAAGCGGCGUUUCCGCCCGAAUGCUCGCCGUUUUGCGAGGACGCGCGUGCGACACGUCGCGACUGGUCGGUUGGCUUUUCCGAGACGCCGGGGCGCGCAGCGACGCUACGCGUCGCCCAGGUACGCCUUCCCGCGUUCUGCAAUACGGAGGCGCUGUUGGGGCUGUUCGACGGCGAGAACGGCGUCGCGGUACCUCCGAACGUCGACAAGCUGGUACCCCGUGUGCUGCUGGAGGAGCGCACUGUGAAGGAGACCGCGCACGAGUACAUGAAGUACGCGAUGCUGGCCGUGUGCAGGCAACUGAACGCGACCUGCCUGAACGCGGUCCUCGUCCACGUCCUCAAGUCGUCGAAACAGCGCGAUUUCGGACGCGGCCACGUCAUGAAGGUGGCGAGCGUCGGCGACGCCCGGCUGGUGCUGGCCGAGCGAGGCGGCCGCGUCGCAACGCUGCCGAAGAAGAGGUCGUCGGUGCCGACGUUGAACCGGACGAUUCCGGACCCGGAUUUGGCGGAAAUCGAGCUCGACGAGCGGCACGAGUUCGCGGUGAUGGCGAACAAGAAGCUGUGGGACGUGAUGACGGCCGAGACGGCCGUCGCCGAAGUGGCUCGGCAACGGAACGUCGUCUUGGCGGCGAAGCGCCUCCAGGAUCUCGCGCAGAGCUACGGCGCCGACGAGAACCUGAGCGUCGUCGUCGUCAGGUUCGAUUUGGGCGGAGGGGCGUCGGACGUCGACCUGCUGAUGCGCGAACUGAGACAGACUAUAGGGGACGGCGCAGUGUGCCGGCCGGGGUGUUGCUGCGACGGCGACGAAGAGGCGCCGCUGCCGCCGCCGCCGAUGGCGGUCGGCGACGACAAGUCUUUGGCGAGCGGCUGUGGCGACUGUAACUCGUCGUCGAAGGCGUUCUUCGCGCAGAUCGCCAGGCAAAACGACGGACGUCUGUUCAGGAGCGUCGCGCCGGCCAUCUUUGAAGCCGCGGAGGUAAAGGCUAGCCCGGAGCGACGCAGCUACAGGGGCGUGGCGAAAGCGCUGAGACAAAGACGGGACGAGGAGAGGAACCGCGAGGAUUCGGACUCGGGCGUGUCCGAGGAGCAGUUCAAGUGCUGGGAGUACAUGCUCGAGAGGAACACUCAGAAGCUGUUCGACAAGGAGCUCGACACGUUGGGGCCGGCUAAGAACGGGGGCGGCGGGCGGCAAUCGGGCGUCAAAUUGCCGGCCGGUUUGUCGCGCAGCUCGCCCCACCUGGAGUGCGGCUCCGGUCAGAACAACCGCGCGGCAGGUAUCUUCCUGUCGAAGCAGUUCGGCAGCUCACGUUCGUUUAACCCUACCGAGAGGGUCGGGGGCGGGCCGAACGCGGCCUACUUCGGCAGCCUCCAGCGUCUGAUGCCGUACAACUUGGAAUACGACUUCGCGCUGAUGCACGAGAGGGGUCUCGUCGACUCGCUCGACUUGGACAGGAUGCAGCGGUAUUGGGGAGUGGCCACCACCGAGUUGUAACCCCGGUCCACGAUGUACAGUGUAAAUAUAUCCUA